AUGCUGCCAGAGAGCAUCAUCAGCCCGCCGUGCUCCACUCACUCAGCCCCGUCGUCUCGUCAUUCAUGGAGUGAAGCCGUCGCCGGGUGUCUCGCUCCCUCUCUCCGUCCACCCAGCAUGGAGGCUGUGGCUCUUUUCUCUUUCGCGGCGUCGGAAGCGGACGAGAUCAGCUUUGACAAAGGAGACAUCAUCAAGGUGACAGAAAUGGAGGAUGAUUCUUGCUGGUACACAGCAGAGAUCCAGGGGAAGCGCGGCUUUGUGCCCGAGAACUACAUAUCUCUCCUCCCUCAUCCGUGGUUCGCGGGGUCGAUAUCGAGACUGGAGGCUGAGCAGCGCCUGCGUUGGCAGGACACUGGAAGGUUCCUGGUGAGGGAGAGUGAAUCAGCCCCUGGGGAGUUUUCUGUCUCCGUUAGCUAUGGAGACAGGGUGGAGCACUUUAGGGUCCUGGAGGGGGGAGGUCAGUACUGCAUCUGGGAGGAGACGUUUUGCUCCCUCAACCGGUUGGUGGACUUCUACAGGACUCACAGCAUCGGGGUGGAGAAAGUGGUCUACCUCAGAGAUCCUCCCUCAUCCCCUCAGCUGCUGCCUUAUCCCGGACGCAACCCCUACCCCAACCCUUACAAAAGCAGCUCGCAGGAGUCGAUCCCCUCAGCCCGUCUCCACUGUCAUCCCUCACACCCGGAGCGAGAAACCUCCUCUCGUCUGCCGGAACCAGUUUUGGAGAAGCCUCGUCUGGCUCAUGCCCUCUGCGACUACGCCCCCCGUCAAGCGGCUCACCUCCACUUCAUGCGCGGGGACAUCAUCGACCUGCUGGACUGCUCCGGCCCCCUGAGGUGGAGGGGGCGCUGCCGGGGCCGGGUCGGGGUCUUCCCGCCAGAAUACGUCCAACCGCUUCAUCGCUGACGACAUAUGAAACCUUUAGUGCUGUGGCUCCGUCUCAAUCACGUAUCAAUCAGGCUUUAGUGUCUUACCUUACUUACCCAGUCACUGAGGUGCUUAAUAAAGUAAGAGAGAACUGACCGCUGAGUGAAUAGCAGAGUGCAUGCUGCGUGUUAUUCCCCUGCUUACACCCCUGUCCUUUCAAAUAACGCUAAAGAGCUCAGAAAUAAAAUCUUAAAUUUAACUUUGAA